AUGGAACAAGCUGCCUCAUAUCUAGAUCGCGCCGCUCAGAAGCGUGCUUCCCAAUUAGCCCUCAUUCCCCCAGAGUGGCGACUCACCGAAAUCCCACCCCCAGAGUCACAUCCAGAUGCGUUGGCUUAUAUCCGGCAAAUACUCUCUCCGAAGGAACUAGCUCUGACUGAGGAAACCAACAUCACCGUUCUACUCCGCAAGCUAUCCUCUGGAGAACUUGGCUCGUUAGAAUUGGCUAAAGCGUUCUCCAAGCGGGCGGCUAUAGCCCAUCAACUCACAACAUGCUGCACUGAGAUCUUUUUCGAAGAAGCCUUCGAGACGGCCAGAGCUAUGGAUGAGUAUCUGGCCAAGACAGGAAAAACCGUCGGACCUUUGCACGGACUUCCCGUCUCCGUGAAGGAUUUAUUCUCUGUGAAAGGAGUGGAUACGUCCAUCGGUAUGUUUAAUGAACUUGAAGAGAGUGGAAUCGCAAACACUGAUGGAGGCUUAGGGUGGGUUGGCUUGACGAACAGCCCAGCAUCAGCCGACAAAUCCGUCGCCAGAACUCUGCGCCGACUUGGUGCAGUGCUUUACGUGAAAACCAAUCUGCCACAGUCGAUGAUGAUGUCGGACUCAUACAACCAUGUCUUCGGCCAAUGUGUCAAUCCAUUGAACCGCAACUUAAUUUCCGGUGGCAGUUCUGGAGGCGAGUCCUCACUUGUGGCUGCGCGAGGCAGCGCCUUGGGGAUUGGAACGGACCUUGGCGGGUCGAUUCGAAUCCCAGCCAGUUUAUGCGGGUUGUAUGGACUAUCGCCAACUCCUGGACGACAUCCGUAUGAGAGAGGCAAUCCGGGUCAGGACAUUGUUCGCUCGGUCGCGGGCCCCAUGAGCUGCAACUUGGCCAGCAUCGAGAGAUAUAUGGAGGUCCUUCAGUGUGCAUCACCCUGGGAGUUAGACCAACAUACUGCACCCGUGCCGUGGCGGCGAAGUUUAGCCUCGCUGAGGGCCAAACGACUGAAGAUCGGGUUUUUGGUCGAUGAUGGAGUUGUCAAGUGCCAGCCACCAAUUGUGCGAGCUGUUCGAGAGGUGGUUGCUGCGCUGAAAGCUGCUGGCCAUGAAGUUUUUGAGUGGGAUGCAUCAUCCCAUGGUCAUGCCUAUCACCUUUGGGAAAAGGCGAUUCUAUCGGAUGGCGGCGAGGGUUGUCGCAAAAAGACUGAAAUGACGGGCGAGCCUCUGAUCGAGGGCAUGCUGGUUGGGACCGAGAAAGAUCUUUUGACGACAUCAGAAACACAUCAGCUGAAUGCUGAUAAAUAUACUUACGAGACACAAUAUCUUGAGCGCUGGACAUCAUCCGGGAUCGACGCCCUUAUCAUGCCGAACACCCCAUGGGUUGGAUAUAAGCCUUGGACUUGGGUGAAGUCCAAUGCAUAUGUCGGAUACACCAGUAUUUGGAAUCUUCUGGGAUAUGCAGCCUUGGCUGUGCCAGUCACGAGUGUCUCGAAGGAUAAGGACGUUCUUGACACGGAAUGGUUAGGCCAUCUGCCUCGUAACGCAGGCGAUCAAUUUAACAAGCAACAAUACGAUAUUGAUCUUGUUGACGGUAUGCCUGUUGGCGUUCAGGUCGUGGGAGGGCGCUUUGGUGAAGAGAAAUGCGUCUCGGUCGCCAAAGCAAUUGAGCAAGCUAUGCGUUGGAGAGAUACAGCACGUUCAUCUCUUUAA